AUGGCGCAGCAUGACUUUGUUCCUGCCUGGCUUAACUUCUCUACACCACAGUCUGCUAAGGUAAACGACUGAAUCUUGGAUCAAACUCUUCAAUAACAUUUAGACAAGUUAUGGCCAGGUUGCCUAUUUGAUUAUGAAAUGCAUACAUGGCUUUGUAAAAUAGUUAAGUUAUAUUGGCCAUACUGAGCCCGCAUUAAAAGUGCAUCAACAAUAAAAUGGUAGCACAUUGCUACCAGAGUUGAUAGCCCAUUUGUCAAACUAAUGCUUGCAUUAAAAAAACUAACAUACAAAUUGCAUUUUUGGACAAUUUGUCACUAAUGAUCUGUCGUCAUGACAUGGGAAAAGCUGCAAAACUUAAAUGUAACCAGUGCCCUCUUCAAACUGUUUUUUGCUUCAUUGGGAAGGGUUGGUUUAAACUCUUGCGUUUUGUGUGGCUGCAAUGUAGCCUAUUCUAGUUACAUUAAUUGAUCCAUGCACUUUUGCCUCUGGCCCCACCCACCAGUGGCAUGCAUCCCCUGGAAGGUUCUCAGGGAAUGUAGACCUCGGGUUGAAAAAGGUUCUCUGCCCCUGGUUUGGAAUAGCCAGUCUCUCAAAGUCAUGCACAGAGAAAAUACAAACAUUUACCAUUACAGUAACACACAAAAUUGUUAAUUAAUAUGUGGGCAAAGUAUGUGCCCUGAGGGACAAAGUGGAUGUUCUGGGAACAACAAAUGCUACAAUAUGACUGAAGCUAAGCUGGUGUUGUCCUGGAAGCCAGACUACUGGGAGCCCCUUAUAAGAGUAUACAGUCAUACCUCGGGUUGAAGACGCUUCGAGUUGAGCGUGUUCGAGUUGCGCUCCUCGGCAACCCGGAAGUAACGGAGCGUGUUACUUCCGGGUUUCGCCGCUUGCGCAUGCGCAGACGCUCAAAAUGACGUCACGUGCAUGUGCAGAAGCGGCGAAAAGCGGCAUGCGCAGACGCGCUGUCGCUAGUUACAUUUACUUCUAGAUACGAACGGGGCUCUGGAACAGAUCCUGUUUGUAUCUAGAGGUACCACUGUAUAUAUAAUUUGGAUAGGGUUGUAUUUACCAUUAAGAUUCAAAUGUGCAGCAUGGGGGUGUGACAUUGCUCCUGUGUGCCCAGUAGCAGCUAUAGCCAGAAGUGCUUUUUGUUAGUUUUGAUAGGUGCACCAGCAGUUCCCAUUCCUGGUUAGGACAGACCUGGUAGCAAUAAUUAACGACAAUAUCCAGAUUGGAUUAUCAUAAUGCAUAGAACUAUUAUAAUGCACUCAAUGUGCACUUUCAGUAGCUUCUUAUAAAUGAAGAAUCUAAAUGCCAUUUUCCAAUAUGGGUCCUAAACUGUUUGACAGUUGAUCAAUCUGUUACCCUGAAAUAAUAGCAAGAUAAUUUGCUGUCACAGUGUAUUUAAAAGGAAUCAAGGAAGGAACAGAUUCCACACAAUUGCAAACGUGUGGCUGAAGCUGGUACAUAUAUACCAAAUAUAGCUUUGUUGGUUGGUUCUGGUGGUCACUGGAAUAUCACUUUUGAACAAAGUAGGAAACAGUCUGAUAAACUCCUGAAAACUCAUGCGGAGCUCAUAAUUCCAGAGCCUUUGCAUGUUUUGAUUAUUAUUUUUUCCUUAAUAGGCCCCUGGAACCACUCUUGAGAAGCACGGAGAGCAUCUUCCUCGGGGAGAGGGCCGCUUUGGAGUAAGCCGGAGACGCCACAACUCUUCUGAUGGCUUUUUUAAUAAUGGUCCCCUCAGAACUGCAGGAGGUAUAUAAAAGGGCUCAUACUAGAACUUGUACACACUGGUCUUAGGUUUUAUUACUCACUUAGGUGCUGCAAACAUUUAAAUGCUUGAAAAACCUGAUUGUCUGAGAUAAAAGUGUGGAGGUUUUCAACUUACCCAGGACUUUGUAACAAUUGUUUCCUAUGAGAGAGUAAACUGUGAGCACUCCGUAGGUAGUAUUCUGAUUUUUCAUGAUGUGCUAGGAGUCUGUUGGCAUACUUAAGCAAACGUCAAGAAGACAGCUGUGAUAGAAGACUAUAAUGUCAUUGCUUGUAUGGUAGAAUGGUUAGGGUAUAUUGUUCACUUGGACUUCAUAAUAAAGGCUGUAAUCCCAAGAUCUGGUUGGAGUAGUAAGGGUGAUAUUCUGAACUGACAUAGAGCAGGGAUGGGGGACUUUUCCCCCAGGUGGGCCAAAUCUGUUUCUGCCCUACACUUUGCAGGCCAAAUUUGGGCAGGGUCUCCCAUCUGUCAAUCACCCAAUAUCACAAUGAGGUGAUGUGCCUCUAUGAAAGAACACUCCCAGUAUGCCAUCAAAGAGAUUUGUUCCAGGAUUGCUAUGGUGUUUCCAUAAAAAUCAACUGAUGGAUGGUUAGAGUGUGCCCUGCUUCAGCAAGGGAACAAUGAUGAACUUGCUUCUAAUUGUUCCAUUGAAGCCACUUCAAUAGCUGCAUAUGGCAUUGGGGGGGAGGGAAAUAGAUAGGUGUGAUUUGCCAGAAGUAGCUGGGCUGCAUUGUAGGUCCAAAUUGGCUCCUGCACCAGAGGUUCCCAACCCCUGACAAAGUGCAUUGUUGCUGCACGCUGGCUUCAUUAGAGAUCUGUACUAUGGCAGAUAUUUUAGGUACUGACUAUUUUUAUUCAUACAACAACCUUUCUCUCAUGCAGACUGCUGGCAUCAGCCUUCCCUGCACCGUCAUGAUUCUGUGGACUCUGGUGCUUCUAAAGGAGUUCAUGUUGGGCUAGCUGGCAAUCAACCUGGCUGGUAUGGUUCUUCACGAGGCCAUGAUGGCAUGAAUCAAAGAGGAGGAGGAGGAACUGGAUCCCAUCGCCACUGGAAUGGCAAUUUCCACUCCCGAAAGGGUUCAGCCUUUCAGGAAAAGCCACCUGCUGAGACGAGGGAGGAAAAGGAAGAAAAGGAGAAACUGCAAUUUGAGGAGGAAGACUUUGUAAGUGUACAGUACUGUGUUUUCAACAAGGUUUCCUGCUGAUUUUCACAAGCACUGAUUUCUUCUAUGCUUUCAUGCGUCUCUGUGUUUCCCCAAACUGCAUAAUGUGUGAAUGCUCUGCCCCAAGAGAUGUGUCCAGAACAUAUGUCCACCUACAUGUUCAUAGGAAAACUCCUUUCUUUGGAUAUAGAUGGGAAGUUCCUCCCACGUGCCAGUUGGGCAACCAAUAUCAUUUUAGUUCCUUCCUCCUUCCAACUCACAGCUCUCCCUAAGGCUAGAUGCUGAUUAGACAUACUGAUUAUUCCAUGUUUAGUCUAUAUAAAAAAUUAAAUCUUCUUUUCAUGCAGUACAUCUGCUUCACUUAAACCUAUUUGUAUCUCCAACCUAGUUCUUUAAUAAACUUGCUAUUUGCUCACACUGGUUUGCAGAGUAAUUAAGUACAACAGCAAAGGAACAUUGUCAAGAUGUUGGUAUAUAAAUUGUGAGAGAAUAAUGUUGAAUUUAAAUUAAAUUAAAUUAAGUUUUUUAAACUUAGUCCUAGCUAAGUAACUUGAAAAUAGAGUUAAUAUUCUGUAUCAUAGUAAGACAUAUGUUUUUCUUUGUUUUCUAGCCGUCAUUGAAUCCAGAAGCUGGAAAACAGAACAGCCAGAGUAAACCAGUUGGGACUCCAUCUGGUGUUUGGGGUAGGUAUUGAGGCAUCAUCGAACAGCCAUCUUCUUAGUAAAAGAUAUAAAUUGUCUUUCCAUUUUCAGUCCCAAGAAUUUUGAAGCAGAUUGAGCUGAAUCUUAGAAUUUUCAAAGAUGCCUUGGAUAUUUAGUGGUAGUGUUGUAGAGUCCUUGGGUCUCACCAAGAAAUGCCUGUGUUCUCUUCUCUUCUCCCCCCACCCCAUCAUAUUUGACAUUCAGCAUCCGAGACAUUUAAAUCCUGCCCAUUCAGUAUCUAGAGCAUUUCUCCAAUUCUUUCCAGCAAUGUGGAAAGUGCUGUGUUUCCCAUCCCUCAUCCAUCCAAGCAAGAGAGUGAUAUUUGAGCCCUGAGCCUUAAGAAGCCACAUCGUAAAGGGUGGACUUGAUUCAAUGAGUUAUGGAUCCUUUUUAAUGCCCAAAGUAGCCCAUGUCAUCUACUAACCAUUAAUCACACAUCUACUGUACCAAUGUUCAGCCAUGUAACAUCCAAAGUAGUCCUUAAGAUUGUUAGGCCCUAUGCAUACCACUGGUUACAGACAUAUAGCCAGAAUGGAACAUACUAAUUGAAAGUCGAAACUUUUUGUGAGAGGCCUAAGCUAAACAUAGCUACUUGCAUCUUAGUGCUCAUCUAAACUAUAUUGGGCCUAAAAAUGAGCUUGUAACAAUAUGCACAACUGAUAAUUCCUACUGGUCCAGGUUUGUUCCCUCCAAAGACUCUCAUGGAAGAAUAGUGAAUAUAACUUGUUUCACCAGAUUGCAAUUAUAUAAAGCGUUGUCCUUUAGAAUUGGGCUUUAUUUGCAAUGAAUAUCCAUCUUGGUUGAAAACCUAAAAUAAAUCUAUUUGUUAACUACAUUUCCAGACUAGUCCUUCUCAGAUCCUGUCCUAUAUGAUGAGCUGUCACCAAAUAUUUCCUGUUUGAGCAGGUGCUAAAAUAACUGGGUUGAGAAAAGAGUGAACUUGUAGAAAAGAGGACUACGUUUCUGCCUUCCUGUAACAAGUAGUGUCUAUAAAACCAUCUAUUCCCAUUUGAACUAGGGAUGAACUGCAUUUUUAAUGAAAAUUUGGUGUGUUUUUCUUCCCCACCCCUUUUACUAGAAAACCCUCCUAGUGCCAAGCAACCUACCAAGAUGCUGGUCAUCAAAAAGGUUUCAAAAGAAGAUCCUGCUGCUGCCUUCUCAGCUGCAUUUACGUCACCAGGGCCUCAGCUUUCAAAUGGCAACAAGGCAACUACCAUUGUCCCAAGUGUCUACAAAAAUCUGGUUCCCAAGCCUGCAACACCCCCUUCCAAGGUAUGCUUAGGUUCACUCAGAUAAAAGGUAAAAGUACGACUGCAGGGGAAGUUUUAACAUUCUGUUGACUAACCUAAAGGAAAUAGUAAAUUGUGCUGUACUAAACCUAUACAAUACUAUUAGAAUGUAAAUGGAAAUAAAGGGUUCAUGUUGAAGGUUAAAAGUUUUUUUAAAAAAACUGGUUAUCUUGAGUUGGUGUUCUAUAUGCACUUCCCUCCUUUUCUCUUUUCUUCCCGCUCCCCAAUGUGAGGGUGUGCCCUCUCUCCUUUGCUGAGAAGGGCUGCAUUAUGACAACCAGUAGAUGCAGGAACAUUUGGUAUUAAGCUCUCAACAAUCUCUAUUUACUUGUGACUUAGGGACACGUGCCAGGUUUCCUCGUUACUCCAGUUCUGCAUGCUUUCUCCCCAGCUGUUCCUGGCUUCUACUUUUGUAUUCCCUGUCUUCAACUCUUAGUGCUUCCUCUACAGUUUAAAUGUUUUACACAGGGUGUUACCAUAUAAUCACCAUGCACAACAUGUGUCUUGUAGGAUAAAUGCAGCCCUCUCCAUUUGCACACAUUCAGGGGAAUUCUAAUUGCCCACUGUUGCACCUUCUCACCUCUUUGUAGGAAUAUGCAAGGCCUGCCAAAGCCUGUCACAAGUAGAAAUGGGGAUGGGAAACUUUCUACAUUACUCCGACCACUUUCUUUUCCUUUUCCUUUUCCUUUUCCUGGAUCCGUGAUGGGGCUGGUGCCAGUUUUUUCAGCCUGCUGACAAAAAUAUAAAUAGUAAUCAAGGUGACUGUCUAGUUUUAAGCAAGAUAAAAAAUUAAGUUACUGGAUUAAUUAUUGGUGUUGCUUUUAUGCAGUUUUUUGCUCCCUAAUGUUACUGUAUUUGUUCUUUUCUCAUGGUAGCCAAGCCAAUGGAAAGCUAACAGAAGUGAACAUAAACCAGGCUCGCUCUCCUCCAGCCGUGAUUCUGCUUUUACAAGUCCAGUGUCUGUAACCAAACCUGCUGUACUGGCCAGUGGCUCUGUUCUCACCUCUUCCAAAGAGGUAAGCUUGAAAGGUUGAAUUAAAAAACUGGAUUUGAAAGUAUUUGAACAUCAGUGAACAUACACUUAUGAUCACCCAGCUUAAAUGACACAAAUAGAAAUGAGGUAGGGAGGACAGGAUCCCUCUGGUAAAAAGUAAACUCUGGAAGAUUUGCAGCACUUUUAUUCUCUCUACAGAGUCCUUCCAGCAUCACCCCUCCCAUUGAAAUAAACUCCUCUCGCUUGACAAAGCUGAUGCGCCGCACCACAGAUAAGAAGAGUGAGUUCUUGAAGGCCUUGAAGGAUGACCGGAAUGGGGAGUUGCCAGAGCGCCAUGAGAGCAACAAAUUGGAGGAUGUAAGGGUGCAGCUCCGGUUUUUCUUUCUAGAGUAUUAAAACGAUAGGGAUUUUUGAGUGUGAAAUGAAAUGCUGUGUUAAAGGUAUGGCAGAGCUGGUAUUUUCCAACUAUUCUAAGUGCUUGACUUGUCUGGUAAUCAGCUACUUUUUAUGGGAAUUUGAUUUUUGGUUCUGUUCUUUGGCUUGUGCAGAUAGGUGAUAAAUGAUAGUUAAAGGAGUGAGUUUUCGCAUAAACAAAAUAUGUGUCCUCUUCAUGCACAGUAUGUCCAUUUAGUGAAUAACCCCUGCAGAAAUUCAUUUUUAAUCUAUAUAUACUAGUUUUUUCAACAAAUAAAACAAAGCUAUAUUUAAUUUUUAGAAAUGUAAAGUGCAUAACACAAAACAGUAUAGACAUUUUCAUUCCCCCACUCCCCAAAUAAUUGUGCUGGACUAGCACAUUAAGGUAAUUGAAAGCUUUUAAAGUCUUUUUACUUUUGGGAAAUAAAGGGUGAUAGAGGUAUUAAAGAGUACUGGCUACUGAUCUUGGAAGCAAAAGACCUUAUUGGUUACAAUAAGGUUAUAACUAAGCAUUUUGUCAGAUGUCUGUGGGACCAGAUCCAAUGUGUGCAGAAUACAUGGUUAAGUUAUUUGUUGGGAACCCGUUCACAAUCCUGAUUGUAGGAUUCAUCAAGGCUCGAAAAUUGCACACAUAGCACCCUGUUGGACAUGUGUUUUUACUUUGCUGGAUUGUGUUCUUAUUAGUAGGACUUGCUUCACCAUUCUAGAAACUACAGCUUCUAGAUAGAGGGAUCUUGGGGGAAAAAGAAUAUUUUUACAAUGUAAUUUGUUAGUAUUAAUUAUGGUCAGGAAGGCAGGGUAUAUAUUGAUUAUUUUCCCAAAAGUAAACUCCUUACAGAGCAAUUUGUGCAUGUUUUGAAGUCUUGCUGGGCUUAUUCCAUAGCAAGUGUGGUUUUGAUUGGAUAGAUAGCAGUACAAGAGUGGUUGUUUGAUACUAUGAUCUAAAGGCUCAGCAGCCUUCACCAGGCAAUUUGACUUAUUUUUUUCUCCCUUGCCAGAUGGAGGAUGGCAGCACACCAGAACCAAAGGAAAACUGGGAAGAGAAUUGUCACCAGAAUGGUCUUUCUCUGCCUUUAGAAGAAGGGGAGAACCUUUCUCACUCAUUAGAAGCAGAACACAGGUAAGAGGGAAGACAGACUGCUAAAGAAAAUCUUUUUCUACCAGCGUUGUAGAUAAAUUAGUGGAAUAAGAGUCAGAAGUAAAAGUAGAACCUGAAACUUCUUAAAGUUCUAUCACCAACCACAAGUUAUUGUCAGUUUUUGCUUCUAUUGUUUGAUCAUGCUGUUCUUGCAGCGUAGUGUGCUGUCCUGCAGUGGGUGCUCAUAUACUGGGAGGGUCUUUGCACAGAGGCAUAUUAUUUCAAAGGUGGUGGCAAGGGUGUAACUCCCUAACAUCUAUCUAUCACACAUAAGACCAGAAUGUUUUUGUGGAAUAAAUCAUUAAGUCUUCUGACACUACCCCAGCUGUUGGAGCACAACAGUAGAUACUUAAUGUCACGGCUAGAUCAGGCCUGCAUAAACCUGAACCCAGUAAUUGCUCAACCUCUGAUGCUGCAGUGCUGCUUCCUCAGAGCAGGCAUAGGAGUAAUGGCUCCUUAUCUGUUAGGGAUGCUUUAGUUGUGAUUCCUGCAUUGCAGGGAGUUGGACUAGAUAACCCUUGGGAUAGCUUCCAACUCUACAAUUCUAUGAUUCAUAACAGGAGUAGGGAGCAAGGUGUAUUUGCCAUCAUUUGUCACAGAGUCCCUGUUGACAGUGAUGUUGCUGCCACAAGGUAGUGAGUUGGGGAAGAUACAUUUUCUCCCAUUUGCUCUGGAAGAGGCAGAUGACACAAUUAUUUUCCCCAUUAUUUAUCACCCCUCAGAUUUUGGCAUACUGACAAGCACCUAAUACAUGCAUGUCAGCAUGCAGCCACAAAAAAAACUAUUCCUCAAUAAUAGUUGAUUUCUUACUAAUGAAUAAAGAAUACAAGAGGUGUAUUCUACUCAGUUAUAACCUGAGAGGGAGAAGGGGGCAACCCCAUCCACUUGGCUUCUAGCCCUAGCCAUCACUGGUCCAGUUCUUUCUCACAUUAACCCUCAGAAGUGGGCCUGUCACAAAAAAGCUCCUGAUUCCUGCCAUAUUCCUUUUUCAUUCCCCAGUCCCUCAUAACCACAUCAUUUACUUUCAUUACCUAGGUCCUUCUUCAUAAAGUCACCCCAUGUUCCUUUGCAGCUGAAGAAUACUUGUUAAAUAAUUGUUAACAAUUAUUUAACAUUAUUUAACAAGCAUUGUUAACAAUGCUUGUUAAAUAGAACUUAACUAAUUCAUGUAAAAAUCAGUGGUGAGUAUCUAUAGAAAACGUGUCAAUUUUGUAUGCAUUGUGAUGUGGGGGUGGGUCUUUCUUCCAUUGUUAAUCCAACCUCUCUUUCUCAACCCACCCCAUCUCCUUUAAAUUGAUAGGUUAUUGAAAGCAAUGGGGUGGCAAGAGUACCCUGAAAAUGAUGAGAAUUGCCUUCCCCUCACAGAGGAUGAGCUCAAAGAGUUCCAAAUAAAGUCAGAGCAGGUAUGUUUAGCUUUUGUGUUUAAUAUUAUUAUCAGUCUUUUAGCAUUGGUCAUUUCCUAGUUUUAUUUCAUAAAACCUGUGAGAUGACUGCAAAAGCGUCUACUCGUUAUUUUUUUGCAUGUUGACAAGCCUAUAUAGACUUUGUUUUAUAUGUACAUAGUAUUAGAGUGUACUUUGCUUUGAGCUCUGAAUGGAAAAGGGAAACAAAUAUGAAUUCAUUUUCCUUUCUUUCCUGCAGCUAAGAAGAAACGGCUUUAGGAAGAAUGGAUUUCUUCAAGGCCGUGGCAACAGUCAACUAUUCUCCCACUGGAGAAGCACUUUUAAGACAGAGAUUGAGGAGUCGGAUACAGAAACAAGUAGCAGUGAAACUUCAGACGAUGAUGCCUGA